AUGAUUUUGCAUUUCCGGCCACGGCUGUCAAUCACCGGGUCCCAGCCAGCGAUUACUCGCUGGCGCCUGGUGAUUUCUGAGCAUCUCUGAAGGGGAGGAGAACUGUUUUGUACACGAAACAGUUCUCCCUGUCAGCUUGUGCACUGCAGCACACUGACACAGACAGAAGUAAAACAGCACAGUUAACCCUUUGAUCGCCCCUCAUGUUAACCCCUUCCUGCCCAGUGCCAUUAGUACAGUGUAAGUGCUUUUUUUUUUUUAACACUGAUCACUGUAUUGGUGUCACUGGGGAUGUCAGUGACACCAGGUCAGUUCCCUUCAGUGUCAGAAUGCCUGCCGAAGUCCCUCUAUAA